CCAAAUCAAGGAGCGCGGACGCGGACUUCAUCACUCACUCGCUUCUUGAGUUCAUCAUCCAUGGAGAUGUUGGCCGGCGAGGACGACCGGAGCUCCGGCUUUCACCAUCUUCACUUAUCAUGCUCUCUUAGAGACGUCCACUACAGCUGUGGCUCUUGUGGAUACCAGUUAAACCUGAAUUCUUGCAAUCGCACCUCUGUUUUGGGUUCUAAGUAUGAGAAAUCCAUAAAGAAAGGAAUCAUCUCAUUCUUCUCCAUUGAUGAGACCAGAUUUACUCAAACUAAAGAGCUUCGAUGCUUACCCUACUUCAACUCUAGGUGCUCAUGGGGUUUGUUUAGAAGAAUAAGCAAGCUUCUCUGCAAAAAAUGUGGAAACCACAUUGGUAAUGCUUACAAAACAAACAACAGAUCGGGCAAAUUGGAUUCGUCUGCGUGGGAUGGGAUCUCAGACAGUAGUAGAAUGUAUGACAUCAAGAUAUGUGCCUUACAGCCUUCAUCCUCCCUGGAAUCUGAUGCCUUUGUCUGAUGCAUGUGGCAGCAUGGUUUACUUUUAAUCACUGUGUCAUGGUUGAUUGGUUUCAAAUAGUUUCUCCCACCCUCUUUUAUGUUUUUUUCUCUUGGAUUAUGGACAUUAUGAGUUUGAUUUUUUUCA